AUGGCACCUCAUGAACUCUACCAGCGAGCCCGCCUGUCCUGGCUGGAGCUUCUCAGUCUGGCCAUCAAGCUCUUCAUCAUCACGCCGCCAUCACUCUUCGUCAACCUCCUUCAUGCAGUUCCGCAAUGCGUACUCCGCGGCCUUCCAUUGCUGCCUUACAUAUAUUGCAACCUGCUCCGCACACUUAUGAACACCCUGACGCCCAAACAACUGCAAUCCAUCCUCCCGCCGUCGGGAACAAUCUACCUCGUCUGGCUAGCCGCGACGCUGUCAAAGGCGAUCCUGAAGCUCGACGACGGCGACGGUGACAAGCCCGACCUCCCGUCCCGCCUCAGACGCGAUAUCCAGCCCCUCUCGGACGGCAAGAGCUCCAUCCUCUGGCUAGGCGACCGCGCCAUGGCGACCAAGUUCGUCCUCUUCCUGCACGGCGGCGGCUUCGUCCUCCCCCUCGACGUCGGCCACCUCAACUGGUGUCGCAACGCCUACCUGUCGGCCGCCGAGGAGGCGGGCGAGGACGUCGCCGUCGCGAUACUGCAGUACAGCCUGUGCCCCGGCGACACCUACCCGACGCAGCUUUUCCAGGCCGCCGAGGCGCUGAGCCUCGUCCUGGAUGGCGGCCGCGUCUCUCCCGCUGACGUCGUCUUCGGCGGGGACUCGUGCGGCGGCCACAUGACUGCUGGGCUGCUGGCGCACCUGGUCCACCCCGUCCCGGGGGCGCGGAAGAUCGAGCUCCGGGACGGGGAGAGGUUCGCUGGGGCGUUCUUGGUGUCGCCCUGGCUGAGCUGUGCGGACGACGGGCCGGCGUUUCGGGAGAAUGGGUAUCUGGACAUGGUCUCACCCAAGGUUGUCAGACAGUCAACGGCCUUCAUGACGAGCGGAUUCGGUGGUGCCCAAAGCUCGGAGGCAGUCAAGGCGCUGGGCUGGGCUAUGCCUGGGGAUACUGAAGACAGCACUUGGUGGGACGGCGUGAACGAGGUUGUGAGCGAUGUGUUGGUGACGGCGGGGAGGUGCGAGGUACUGAGGGAGGAGAUCGUGUCUUUUGCAAAAAGGAUCAGGGCGAGAAAUCCUGGAACGAAUGUUGUCCUCGACGUGAGACCUCGGGAUGCCCACGACUUCAUACUGCUGGAGGGGCAACUGAAUCGGGUUGGUGGUGCAACGAGGCGGAUGAAGUCUUGGUACAAGGACAUUUUACAGAGGAAAGCCUGA